AUGAGGUUUGGUGUUCGAGGUAAAUUGAGUCCUAGAUUUGUUGGACCAUUUGAGGUUUUAGAUCGAGUUGGAGAGGUAGCUUACAGACUUGCCCUACCACCUUCACUAGCUGGAGUUCAUAAUGUUUUCCAUGUUUUAAUGUUAAGGAAGUAUAUACCAGAUCCUAGUCAUGUGAUUGAUCAUGCACCGUUGCAGUUUAAGGAAAAUUUGAACUACAAGGAACACCUUAUACGAAUUGUUAAUGGGAAAGAACAAGUUUUAAGGCGUCGAGUCAUCCACUACGUUAAGGUUCAAUGGAGCAAUCACUCGGAAAGAGAAGCUACUUGGGAACUCGAGGAUGAAAUAAGAUAA